GGUAUAAAUUCCUCAAUCGAGACUGUCAGCUCAUAUACUGUCUAUGGUCAGCUCGUGCACUCUCUUCUCCUGUUUCUGCCGGUGUGGGCUGAUCAAAGCUGAGUUAGACUGAAGAUGGCUGCAGGCAAGGCUCAAAUUGGAAAGCUGGCCCCGGACUUCACAGCUAAGGCGGUGAUGCCAGACGGACAGUUCAGCGACCUGAAGCUGUCUGACUACAGAGGGAAAUAUGUUAUCUUUUUCUUCUAUCCACUGGACUUCACCUUUGUGUGUCCAACUGAGAUCAUCGCUUUCAGCGAUGCAGCCGAAGACUUCAGGAAGAUCGGCUGCGAGAUCAUCGCCGCCUCUGUUGACUCACACUUCUCCCAUUUCGCAUGGACCAACACACCACGAAAGCAGGGCGGUCUGGGUGCCAUGAAGAUUCCCCUAGUAUCUGACACACGGCGCACCAUCUCCACAGAUUAUGGUGUCCUAAAGGAGGAUGAGGGCAUCGCCUACAGGGGUCUGUUCAUCAUUGACGACAAGGGCAUCCUGAGACAGAUCACCAUCAACGACCUCCCAGUUGGACGCUCUGUUGACGAGACUAUGCGUUUGGUCCAAGCCUUUCAGUUCACUGACAAGCACGGAGAAGUCUGCCCAGCCGGCUGGAAACCAGGAAGUGACACCAUCAAGCCUGACGUCCAGAAGAGCAAAGACUUCUUCUCCAAGCAGUAAUAAACCCAAACCCAGAGUCUGCAGCCUGCUGUAGAUUUCAUUUAGAGAUUACAUUUCCAGAGAACAAUAUUUGUCAGCCACUGUGCCUGUGGAGGAGUGGUUAGGAGACAGUUUUUGUAGUCAACAUGAUAUUUUGUCUGUAGAGUGAAUAGUGCACUUAUAACCAAAGUAUAUCAUUGUGUAAUUAUGUUGUGGUAAUGUAUGCUUUUUUCACUGUCGGACUGAGAUAAAUGUCUGGUUGUUCUUUCGUGUCAUAUACCUUACUAUUGUUAGAUGCAAAGGACUAUAAAAACAUUUUUAUUGAAAUGAA